GUUAAAAAAUGAAGUUACUUUAAUUUCCAAAUUACAACACAAAAAUCUUGUGAGACUCUUGGGAUGUUGCUUAGAAGGGAAUGAGUCAAUGCUUAUCUAUGAAUACAUGCCCAACAAAAGCCUUGACUUCCUCCUUUUUGAUUCAGCUAAGAGCUCAAAACUAGACUGGAAAAGACGUAUAAGCAUCAUUAAUGGCAUUGCACGAGGUCUAUUGUAUUUGCAUGAAGAUUCUCGACUCAAAAAUAUUUGGUGGAAAUCAAAACGAAGCUAACACGAAGACAGUUGUUGGCACAUAUGGAUACAUGGCUCCAGAAUAUGCCAUGGAAGGAUUAUUUUCGAUUAAAUCUGAUGUUUUCAGUUUUGGAGUUCUUUUGCUUGAGAUUCUGAGUGGGAAAAAGAACAGUGGAUUCUAUCUUUCAGAACAUGGCCAAAGCUUGCUUAAUUAUGCUUGGAAGCUAUGGUGCGAAGGACGUGCAUUAGAGCUAAUGGAUCCCGUUUUGGUGCAUUCAUGUGUGCCAGCUGAAUUAUUGAAAUACAUGCAUGUUGGAUUGUUGUGCGUUCAAGAAGAUCCGGCAGAUAGGCCUAUCAUGUCAUCUUUAGUGGUCAUGUUGGCAAGUGAUACAAUAGUGCUUCCUAAACCAACCGAACCUGCAUUUUCUGUUGGUAGAGUUGUCAAUUUAGCUCAAUCUUCAUCAGAUGGCAAUGUUUCCUCCUCCAAGAACAAGGUAACCCUUUCAAGUGUUUCACCUCGAUGACAAUUGUUCUAUGGAUAAUUGCAUUAAUGUAAAUUUCCUCUAUUAUUGAAAGCUACAAAAGUAU